AUGGAUAGCCUCGACUUUGAUCUACAUGAGUUGAUCCUAGACCAACUGGCAAGUAUAUUAAGUAGUGACGUAGAUACAACGAAUGAGGAUGUAUUACGCUUAGCAAAUCGAUGUCCCGAAUUACCAACAGACAAGGAUCCUGGCAUUGGCAAACCGCAACAGUCUAUCGACUUUAUAACGAAGUCAUAUCGACAAAAUAUAUCAGCAUUAGCUUCAUUUGCAGCAGGUACAGGCAAUGAGGCGCAUGUGAAUAAAAUUCUUCCAAUUCUUUUGAAUUAUUUGAAAUUUUUUCCGAAUUUUUCUUUCGAGGAUGAUCUUCAAUGGAAGGACUUUUCGCCACCGGAUCAACUUUCUGACAAAAUUGUAUCAGAAUUAUUGAAUAUUGCAACAAAAACAACUGCCUAUCGAGAAAAGAUAUUCAAAGAUAUAUGCUCCUUCCUUGGAAGAUUGGCUCACUUGCUUAAGUGCGGAGAUGCUGAAUAUAUAUGUACCGUAGUUCUUCCUAUGCUGAAUGGGUUGUUUCGUGCAAUUCAGUCAUCUAAUUUUCCUUGGCAUUGCAAUGAAUUUGAAUCAUUUGCUCACCAGUCCCAAGCACUCGUUCAUAAUGAUUGCCUUCAGGAAAUUGGCAAAAUUAUUGAUACGAUAGCCCAUUCUUCAGAUCCUGCACAUGUUUAUAUAAAAAAAUUCUUAGCAAGAUAUCAAUCUCAAGGAUAUCCACUAUCUACUAAUGGUAUCAUAUUGGGUCUUACCAUGGUAAUGAGAAGCAUGCUUACACGUGCAAUAUUUGUACUUAGUCAUCCGGAUGAUGCGUUCGGUUUAAUGACAUUCAAAGACGUUUGGGGAAUAGUAGUUUGUAAUAAAGUUGUAAUAUCUUUACCCGUUACUGAUUAUGUAAAGAAAGCUCUGCGAAGGACCUAUGUAAUGUCUUUGCAAUAUUUUGCGGAAUUGUCGAUUAUUUUGGAUAAACUUGUUGCUCAAGGCAAUGACUGUCCACCCGCUCUUUAUGCCAGAGAAAUUAUGGCUGCAAGCUUGGAUGUCGCUGCCAUGGCAAGCGUUUUUCUUCACGAAGUUGAUGAUGAAUUAAUCAGCAAAUUGACUACAUCAUUAUUUAAUGUUCCACAAACUCCGGAUGUAAAAGUACAGGCUGCUGCACUCGAUUCUGCAACACUUCUCGCUCUAAAUUUUCCACAGACAACUUUAAAUAUGAUUAAGACUAUUCGUAAAUUCCUGACCACUCCUUCAACUAUUUUUGAGUUGGCUGUUGUUGCCGAUAAGAAUCUUACAAUUCUAGAUUAUGCUAUUAUUCGAUUAGCUUACUGUUUAAAGACUGUUCCUCAAGAAACAUCGUCUGUUAUUUAUAAUAUGCUAACGAGCCUUUCAACAGGUGGGCAUGAACGUCCACCAGUGCAACCGGCGUCACCUAAAAAGACUCUUGCACCAAUUAAUACGCUUUCACCAGAUCAAAUAUCUAUACAUAGCUCUAUUAGUGGAAUUUCACGGAACGAAGAACAACGUCAGCAAGUGUGCGAAAAUCUUGUUUGUACGGUUACUGGAGUGGGUUGUAUUUUGAAGGACGAUAAUAUUACUGAAUUAUGUGUCACUAUGCUCAGAUCGCGUCUUCGUAACCACACACCGGCAGUAGAUGCUCUUAUUCUUGAAAAAUUUGUUGAUAUUGCUUUAAUAUCUUCUGAUAAAACUUUUACGGAAAUUGUACGAAAAUUUUCUGAGAUUAGUCGCCAAAAAAUAUCAUCAGAUAACAAAGUGAUUACGAGUGCGGUUCUUAAAUGUCAGAUGGAUUUAGCCAGUAGAAUUAGUGCUAGGCCAGAAUUUUAUGAACUUUAUUUGUUGAAUAUUCUAUCGCUAUUUGUAGACAAAGGUGUUGAUAUUCAACAGACGAUUGCUAAGGAUGGAAAAUUCCAGGUCACAUCAUUGAUAGGUGAAAUUGGAAUAUUACUUCCAGUUCUCAAAACUCUUAUGUCUCAUAAUGAUUUUAAAGUGCAUGUGAACGCAUCUAAAGAAUUAGUUAGUCUUUUUCGUGAUAUGUGGUUUCAUUGCGUGUUAUAUGGUUUUGUUUCUGAAGAAUCAUGGAUGCGAGAAUGGCGUGAUUGUUUAAUAGAGAUUGCUCAAAAAACACCACCACUUGUUCAAGAGAGUGCAACAAAUUAUCUAGAAAAAGAUUUAGAAUAUAAUUCAGUUUUAGUCAGAGGUAACUCUGAUCAGGAACUUACAAAUGUACGAAAUUCAUUAUCUUCUUUCCUACCAAAUCGUGCAUAUGAUAUAAGAUAUUUCUCAUUUGCGGAAGUCACAUUCUUACUCUCGGUGUAUCAUAUAGAAAUAAUGAGAUGUCAGAUGGGUCAAUGCUCAUUUAUUUUAAGAUAUUUUGUUAAUAAAGGUGUAAAUACUAGUAAAUUAGUUGGCUGCAUGGAAGAAAUUGGAAAUAAGGUAAUUGACGUUUUCAUCAAAGAGUGUACAAGCAGAGCAAUCGCUCAUACUAUCAAUGAAAAUUUCCGCACACAAGUGCGUUGUCUUAUGAUUGCCACCUGCCAUCGCCUCGAAAAAGUUCAUCAACUUGCCAUUAAGCAGCUUGACAGUUUGAUGACAGCCUUUCCUUCAUUGUUGUGUGAUAAGAAGCUACUAUUUCUAUUAUUGGAAUUAAUUGGACUUGUGUGGCAAAGUUGUGAUAAUGAAUAUACAAAUGAGUAUUCGCCAACUUAUACAUUCAUUUCUGUUAAAGUUGGUGUAACACUUGAUUUGCCAGAUUCUUAUAUAUAUCGGCGUGAAGUAUUAUCGCAAUUAUGUGAACAUGCUAAAAAAUGGCUUUCGCUUGCUAUGACGCGUGCUCCUUUGGAAAUUCGUGGAUUGUUAGAAAAUUAUCUCGCAGAAUAUGAUACACAUCAUUCAGACAAUCCAGUGCAUAUGGGACGAUCAGUUGCGUUUGAAAUGGCAAAAGGGUUUUCUAGAAAUGAUUACAAAUCAGGAAUAUUUCCAAGAAUUCCAACGGCUGUUGUUGAUAAUGCUUCAGAGCUCAUUAAAGACUAUACUUUAAGACGUUAUUAUUAUGGUCAAGCAACUGGCGCACAUCAUUGGUUGGUUUCGGAUAUAGAUAAAGCAGAUAAGCAUGAUAUCUCUCUAGCUAAAAUAAAUGAUGAUAUAGUAGAUGCGCAAACAAGAAAAGUCCAUAUAUCAUUAGCUCACCUUGAGAAAAGAAUACUUAACCACCAUCAUGUUUCUAUAAAAGAACUUAGUUCUACAUUGCAUUUGGCAGCUGGUUUAUUGGUUGCGUUUUCAAAGCUUGAUGAAGACCUUGUUCAUUUUAUUGUAUGGAUUCCUGUAUAUUUGUUUUCACCAGACUCCAUUAAAUUGGGCACUGAAAUAUGGAAUUGGAUAAUAAAUGAAAAACCUAUAUUUGAACAUAGAAUUAUGGUUGAAAUUGCAGAUGGAUGGUCCUGGAGUGUACGAAAUCACAGGGGUCUAUUCUCUUCUGCGCUAAAUAUGAAAGACCCUUUUGUGAAUAAGAUGCAAUAUGCACCAACAGACAAAGCCACUAGAGAUAAGAAUUAUAAGCUUGCUAAAGAUAUAUUUGAACCUCAUUUAGUCUGGAUUCAAUUUUUAUCUGGUCGGUUCCAAGCAUUCCGAUAUCGAAGCAAUGAACUAGUAUAUCUUUAUGUAAGACUCUUUCAAAUGACUUUUGAUAACUGUGAACAUCAUAGCAAUCACUCACUAUCUCGAGAAGGUAGAUUCCAAAUACUCAUAAUUGGAUUUAGGAUUUUACAAUCUAAUAGGAUGGAGGCAUCAAUAGAACAUAAAUUCCGUUUAAGAAUUUAUAAAACUGCUUUUUCAUGGUUUUCUCUCUCACCAAAAUGGGUUUAUGGUGGCAACAAGAGGGCAAUGUUUAGUGAAUAUAAACUAUUGAUUGAAGUACAUAAACUGGUUGAAAAUGAUAAAAUUGAGUUGAAUGAAAUUUUAUCCACCACGCCAAAGAAGUAUUCUCAGUUUGGCCUAAGUCCGCUAACUACAGCUCAAGAUAAAAACAGAGAUGAAAUUGUCAAUCAAUUUCGAAAGCUUAGGAGUCUUUUAUUGUUAUUUUUGGAAAGUGAGAUAAGUAACUUGGCUACAUGGUGUAAUCCACUAAAUUCCCCAGACACAAUUAAAGAUACAUUUGUUCCUAGCGCAGAAAAGGGUUUAACAGAGGAAGAAUGGAAAGCCAUUAUACGUCAUUCAUGGACAAUAUCACCAAGUUUAGCUGUACAACUAGCAACCAGAUUUAAACUAACAAAUGUUCAAAAUGAGGUUCAUAAAAUAUUAUGCAAUAAUUCAGCAGAUGCUGUACGAGUGGCUGAUGCACUACCCUUAUUAUUAGGCGAUAAGCUGAAUCCUAACCUUACUUCACAAUUUAAGUAUCUGUUAUAUUGGGCACCAGUUCCUCCAAUAGCAGCUGCAUCAUACUUUUCAACUUAUAAUGAUCAUCCCUUAGUUUUACAAUAUGCGAUGCGUGUUCUUGAAUAUCAUCCAGUAGACGUUGUGUUUUUUUAUAUUCCACAAAUUGUGCAAGCACUACGAUUUGACAGCCUAGGUUAUAUAGAAAGGUUUAUUUUGGGAGCUGCUAAGAUAUCACAAUUAUUUGCACAUCAGAUAAUAUGGAAUAUGAAUGCAAAUAUGUAUAAAGAUGAUGAGUCAUCAGUUCCUGAUUCAUUGAAACCAACGUUAGAUCGCAUCAUCGAAAAUAUUGUAAAGUCUUUAUCAGGAGAAGAUAAGGACUUUUAUGAAAGAGAAUUCAAUUUUUUCAAUGAUGUUACUUCUAUAUCGGGUAAACUUAAGCCAUACAUCAAAAAGACAAAAUCAGAAAAAAAGGCAAAAAUUGAUGAGGAAAUGGCAAAAAUAAAAGUUGAUGUAGGUGUAUAUUUGCCUAGUAACCCAGAUGGAAAGGUAGUAGAUAUAGAUUAUAAAUCUGGUCGACCAUUACAAAGUCACGCAAAGUCUGCAAUUUUCAAAGUUGGUGACGACUGUCGGCAAGAUGUAUUGGCCUUGCAAUUAAUUGCAAUAUUUAAGAAUAUAUUCACUAGUGUUGGAUUGGAUUUAUAUCUUUUUCCAUACAGAAUUGUUGCAACAUCUCCAGGGUGUGGGGUCAUUGAUGUUAUUCCCAAUUCAAUUUCUCGAGAUCAAUUGGGCCGUGAAAAAGUGAAUAGCCUUUAUGACUAUUUUCUUACAAAAUAUGGUGGUUUGGAUUCUGUUACUUUUCAAAAAGCAAGAAAUAGUUUUAUUCAAAGUUUAGCCGCCUAUUCUGUAGUAUCGUUUCUACUACAAAUCAAAGAUAGACAUAAUGGAAACAUUAUGUUAGAUGAUGAAGGACACAUAAUUCAUAUUGACUUUGGUUUUAUUCUUGAUAUUGCACCUGGUGGCAUUAAUUUUGAAAGUUCACCUUUUAAACUUACAACCGAAAUGAUUCAAGUUAUGGGUGGAAGUGCAGAUGUUCAACAAUUCAAAUGGUUUUCUGAACUGUGCAUCAAAGCAUAUCUGGCAGUAAGACCUUAUGCCGAAAAUAUAUGUCAAUGUGUUGGUUUAAUGCUUGGAUCAGGGCUUCCGUGUUUCAAAGGUGAGACACUGAAAAGAUUACGGGAAAGAUUCCAAUUAGAUAAAACCGAACGUCGUGCGGCAGACUUUAUGAUUGUGAAAAUACAUCAAUCAUUUGAGAAUAAAAGAACAGUAUGGUAUGAUAGUUUUCAAAAAGCUACAAAUGGUAAGACUCUUUUCAAAAUAAUUUUUACAUCAUUCCAAGUAUUACUUAAAACCCGAAACCCUGUAAAAAAAAAACACCUUUCCCAACCCGCUUUUAAAUCUAGAAGUGAGCGUCACCUAGAGGGCAUUCAAAGUAUUUCUCCCUUGGAAAGUUCAUGUUUAGACAACUUUCGAAAUACUGGCAUGUUCACGGCCAAUGAACGUUUAAAAUCUGGAAAAUUUAUUCAAAAAUGUAGAUACAGUGAUGAAAAUAUAAAACAUAACCUUGGCCAAAAAAAAAUAGGUGUGACUUUUGAUAAGUUGGAUAUUUCGCAUGUUUCUCAACCUUUGCCUGAACUUAUAUAA